AUGAAACAAAGUGAACAAGUCUUACUUGCAUCCUAAUAGCCUGGAUUGAUAGAUACGUCAACCAAAAGAUUGAUAUCCAAAUCUUCUGCUUAGUUUUAAUAGCCUUCUUUUUAAUAACCUGUUGUUACUCGUCGAAUACACAGAAAAUUAGUUCCUAUGGAUGGUGGUAUUAAGCAAACAUUAAUAUUUAGAGGCUGAGGAAACUGUUGUGUAGCCUAUUCAACCUCCUCCUUAACCAAUUGUUCAUCCUGUAUAGUAAAUGAUUUGGCCAGUUGCUGUUUAAUUUAAUGAAGAUGAUGCAUUAGCAAAAAUUAGAGAAGAAAAAAUGUUGGGACUUCUUGAGAGACAGUCUGAAAUGCUUACAAAUCUAUUACAGAAGUAUAAAAGAUUAGAAGAAGAAUAAACAAACAAGAUAUAAAGGAGAAUAAAAGAACUGGAAAGAGAAAAUGAAGAAAUUUGGUAAAGGCGAAGGUAGAAUUAUUUGAUUUACAAUGUUUCUCAAUCAGUAGAUUAAAAACUUAAGGAGUUUAAUGAAUUUUAGAUGCGUCCUUUUCUCGACUAAGGUUAACCUGUGCUUCUAAAGCCAAUUCAUUAAGAUGAUCGAUUAUUUUUUGACAAGAAAAGGAAGAAGCCAAAGCAAAAAAAAGUAGUUGAAGUUGAUGAUGGACUAGUCCAAGAUCCAGAUACAGGAGAAUUGUGGGAUCCAAAAACUGGAGAAGUUGUACAACAACCACCCCCUUUUUAAUGACC